UGAAACGGUUCUCAGAUGGUGCGGGGUGGUGAGAAAAUAUGGGAUAGUAUGCAGAGCUGGUAUAUGGCUUAUGUUAGGUAAUAAGACAUAGCUAAUGGCAUACGUGUCAUUAUUCCUAUUUGGUUGUCUGCCGACAUCCUAUCAACAACGACAAUUCAAUCAUCAUGGUGCUCAGUACACCGAGUCCCUCGCGUCCAUUCUAAUACCGCCCCAUGGUACUACGAUAGCAGAGCAUGCCUUAUCUCCUUCAAAAUCGAUGGCACUGGUGAGGUUAGUUAAUACCGGGUUUCCUUUUCACCUGAACACAUUUAACCCCAUUAGCUGUGGUGCGAUGGCGAAGUCGCUAUAUACAUCGUCUAUGAAUUCGAGUGGAAAAUCUCAACACCGAAAUAUCUGCAUCAGCAUAUUGACCCCAACGGCAACCUUGACAAAGACGGAAACGACCACCAUCUAGCCCAGUUUACUUUGGAAAUUUCAAGACAGCACGGUCCGCUGCACGAGCGUACUGACCAGCCUGUUAGGAUUGAUGACGGGCUGGCGGAUAGCGUCUUCGAGGAAAAACAGAAUUAUAAUGUGUGUUUGGACAAGGGGAAGUUUCCUGCUCCGAUUAUAGCUUAUCGACUGCAUGAAUUUCCGGGCUCGGGGAUGCUUGGGCUCCGAUUGGUAUUCGAUAGGUUCCCGUAUCCAGGUGCUGAAGACUGGAGGCCGGGGGCAGUGCAGAUGCUAGAUGUAAAUGGCAUGGCGGGGCACGGCAGUUUGUGAGUCAUCAUAUUGGUGUCACGGGCUCGGAUUAGUAGAUAAUAAU